UAGAAGUCAGUUAACAUAAGUAUAUAGUUAAACUGAGCUUGGAGGGCUCUCCCAUCACCACAAAAAAAAAGGGGGGGGAAGCAUUUUAAGACUGCUGAAACUGAAUUGCUGCUUGCACAGAGCAGAAAGUAGACAGUCAUUAGGAAGUUUAGAUACCAAGUCAAGAGUGAAAGAACAUUUUCUUCAAGCUGGCCAGCAAGCAGUGUUUUAAGCAGCAUGAAUCCUCUGUUCGGUACCUUGUUAUUUUCACUGUUACUUCUUCUAACCCUCAGGAUUCAAGAGCUGAUAGAAGCUUGCAGCUGCGCUCCUGCUCAUCCACAGCAGCUCAUCUGCGAUUCUGCUUUAGUGAUUCGAGCAAAAAUUUCCAAUGAAAAGGUGGUUCCAGCAAAUGAUGACCCUCUUGACACUCACAAGAUGAUCCAAUAUGAAAUCAAACAAAUCAAGAUGUUUAAAGGAUUUGAAAAACUAAAAGAUGUUCAAUAUGUCUACACACCUUUUGAUUCUUCUCUCUGUGGUGUGAAAUUAGAAGCCAAUAACAAGAAGCAAUACCUCCUUACAGGGCAAAUUUUAAAUGAUGGCAAAGUUCUUAUCCAUUUGUGCAAUUACAUUGAACCAUGGGAUGACCUGACUCUCUCUCAAAAGAAAAGUCUAAAUCAGAGAUACCAAAUGGGCUGUGGCUGUAAAAUUUCGACCUGUUACACAGUACCCUGCUCCAUUACUACACCAAAUGAAUGUUUGUGGGUAGACUGGCUGAUAGAGAGGAAGCUCUAUGGGCACCAAGCAAAACAUUAUGCCUGUAUCAAGCGCAAUGAUGGAACAUGCAGUUGGUAUCGAGGUGGCCCUCUUCCAGAAAAAGAGUUUAUUGAUAUGAGUGAACCAUGAAUUGUGUUAACUUCAUGCAAUGCUAUGUGCUCAUUAAUUUGAACUUUCAACAUCCGUUACUUAGAAAGAGAAACAAAUUUUGCUGUGUAAAUAAAGUGCAGUGUUCAUAGAAUUCACAUCCAGAUAAGAAAAGGAGCUAUCUCUUGGAGACAGCUACUCUUUUUAUUUCUUUUUAUAGAGGGAAGUUUUGAAAUCAUACCUUUAUUUUUUAUCAAAAUGAAUGUAUCCAUACACAAGGUUGAUCAAAAUUUGGACUGCAGAUAAUAAACUAAAUAAAAGAACACCUCUUCAUACAAAACAAAACUCCUAAGAAAAUGUUUGUGGUUUUUUUAAAAGCCAAUUUUUUUUUGUUCUGAGAUAAAGGAACUUGGACAGAAUAUGUGUAAGAAGCACUGUUAAUAACUUGUUGUAAAAACCCCAACAAAUUAAUUUCCCCAUUUCAGAUUAUGUAAAUUAUAUGUUUGUGUGCAUGGCUUUUUUUUAGCAGGAACACACAGGAACACAGUUCCAGCUGGCUUGGCAUUGGGGAUGUGGUCUAAUAUGUAAAUAAGUCCCAGUUCUACAAAAAAAAAAACCCUGUGUGAAACAAUGGUGAUGUCAGGGGUGUGGUCUAAUAUGCAAAUAAGUUCCUGCUGGGCUUUUACAACAAAAAGUCCUUUUUGUGUGUAUGAUUUAAAAUUCUUGAUUUCAUUUUCUGUAUGUUGUUCACCAUGUCUUGUGUAGUGUUGUCUGAAGAUUUGUUCAUAACUAUGUUAUAAUAAAUCUUUGAUAAUAAAACAGAUCCAAUGGAUUUGAAUAUACUGUAAAA